AUGGCUGCGGAUGUGUGGAAGCUCACUGUCGAGGCUACAACGAAGCUUGCUGUGCUCGCCAAAGAUAAAGUGCAGGAUACGUGGGGGAGGGCGGUGUCGACAACUGGAUGGUGGGAAGAUGUCUACCAAGUAUCGCAGGUAGCAGCUCAGGUACGCGGCGGCGGGCAAGCUGGAGCUCCACACCAGUUGGCCGAGCUUGGGCCUACUGUCUUGGCACAAAAGUCGUGGAAGGCGCGAUGCCGACGACCAUUGAGGGCAGCACAGCAGCACAGCAGCACAGCAGCGCUCAAUUCGACGCAUCCGACACAUUACCCGCCCGCCUUUGUCAUGAGCGCCCAACAGUUGACCGCGGCUAAAGAGCUGCCCCCACGAUUAAUACGGUUCUUCCAGCGCUACCCCCCGCCUGCGCUGUUUCCAAACCUCACAUCCGCCGCUGCAACACCACAGACCACCGCCCAGACAAUAUCCACCACCCCUCCGUCCGACCCCAAUGCGCCCGUCACGGAGACAUCGGCCUCCGAGCUCCCCUUCAUACCCUCCACCGCCCCGCGCAACUCCCGCAUCCCCGCACACGCCCACGACCUGCCCUACCCGAACCCAUUUCUGCCCUCGAAGAACUUCACAACUGGCCGGUGGCAUGGCCCCGCCUUUGGUCUGCGCAAACAGGCAGAUCUCGUAAAGCUUGCCGUACAACACGACGUUGUGGAUCUGCUCCCUUGGACGAUAAAAAAACCAGGAGAAAAGGAUGCGCGAAGAAUUGAAAGCGGAUUGAUGGUCAAGGGGACGGGUGAGGGGCAGAAGGUCAAGGGAAAGAGCUGGGAGCGGACGCUCAAAGGAAGAUUGGAGAUGCGACGGCAGGCCAUGCUGAACAUGCCCCAAAUGAUCCAGGAGUGGAAACAGAAAGGACAUGGCCGAGGAUGGAAGAAGUGGCCCAGUGGGCGGGCGAAGAAAUAA